AUGAAGAAGAAGAAGACGAAGAAGAACACGCGGAAGGAGAACAAUCCUACAAACGUCCUACAUACGAAAUAUCGAUAUGUUUUCCGAAACUGUGUGUAUGACCCCAGUGGCGCUUGCCUUUUCGAAAUGGGUUCUCUGCAGACAUUUUAGCCGGUUGUCUGCAUGUGGAGAAAGAAGCGGACUGCAAGUCCGACACUUCUCUGUCAGCCACAGAAUUGCGAGAAAAGCUUCAAGUCAGCGGGAGGUCAAGGAAAAAGUGCAUGUCCCAGGGCUGGACAUGGUGACCUAUGGAGAAAAGAUGCACUAUGUCCCGUGGUUAGCGAAACCCGUUUACUCACAAUGGGAAAUGGACUACAAGGAUCCAAAAUAUUUUAAGUCUCCGCCAAAAGAAGAGAUGCCUUUGUUCAAAGAGAAACCAUGUUAUGUGUUCAACCAGAGGACCAACGCACUGGAAGGUGUUCGUCAGGCUCUUUGGUUAACCAAAAGCAAGGUCAUCUCAGGUUUGCCACCAGAGCUUCUCUCAACGGCAGUGAGCCCUGCUAAUCAGCUACCAAAUCAGGACAGUCGUGUUCAGAACGCCAUCAAACAUGCCCGCUUCUGGGACACAACCGAGGCGCGACCAGAUGGAGUGAAAUACAGCAACACGCUCCUCUUCAAUCUGCUCCAUCUUUGUGCCACUCUACAGUCCAGUCAUCCACUGACUAGAAGGAGAAUGCUUGUUGAGAAAUGCUCAUUAGCAGCAUCAUGGAAAAGAGGCGACAACUUGUUCCAGAUUCGGGGUCAAAAUGCUUUGGUGUAUAACAGCAUGGAUCCUCUCCCAAGGGUUUCUGGACUACAGGAAGUGCUAGCCACAGCAGAUCACACUCUUGAAACUUUCUAUCCUGUGUCGCCUACGGUGGACCUGCAGAAAGUACAUGUGUACAAGGAGGAGGUGAAUUGCACAGGUUUUGGAGAUAAAUAUUUUUACCCUCAUGCCCACACACUUUACUUCCUGGAAGGAGAUGAUGUUCGCUGUAAGCUUAAACCAGAACAGUUCAGAGCCAAGAUGAUCAUGUUCCUUUUUGGAUCUGCUCUGGCACAUGCAUGCAAACUGUUUGGGACCAAGACGCAGCGUGUGUUAGAUAAUCCUAUUACAAUACAGGCAGUCGGGACCAAUGGCAGAAUCUUCCAGUACAUCGUUUUCCAGCUCAACACUACAGAUCUGACACGAGACGACGGCAUCAAAAACCAGGUGUGGCUGGAGGAAGAUGCAGAACUCUACGAUUUUGCAAAAGUCAGACCACUCAUCGUCAAAAAGCAAGUGAAGGUACCAGCUGGUCUAGCAGGAUAUAAGCCGGAGACAUUCUCCAAGUUCCUUGCACUAUACCUCCACGGUGCUGUGUAGCACGACAGACUCUCUGUACCAUCUAUGAGUCAAUAUUUCUGUGUGCACAAGGAAACAAGAAAAUUGUCAUGUCCCAAGACUUCCAUACCAUUGUGUAAUCAUGUGUGUUGACCAUUCACAAGCUAAUAAUAAAAACGGCCAUUUGGUUGCGUUACUUUAAACUGCUGAGUAGGUGAAAUUCCUCAUAACGAGAACUAACUUCUGCAGCUGAGGAUCGGACCGCCAAUGUUGCCUCUUUGGGCUGUGCCCAGCGGGGCCCUGGUGUAUUAGGUCUACGUAUCUUCCUUGUCAUCGGUGUCUGUCUGAGGUCCGCUUUGUGUGAGAGGGCAUCUGGUCAGGAUACCUCCCAGACACCUCACUGGGGAGAUGGUCAGGGCACGUCCAAGGUAGGAGGCCUCAACGAAGACCCAGAACAUGUUGGAGAGACUACAGUAUGUCUCUCAACUGGCCUGGGAAUGCCUCAGGAUCUGCCGGGAAGAGCUGGACAAAGUAUCAGGUGAGAGGGAAAUCUGGUCUUCCCUGCUUAGGCUGCUGCCCCUGCGAUCAACCUCCAAUAAGCGGAAGA